UGUUGUGUUUGAGUGGCUGAUGCGCAACACAGGCUGACAAUUGCGCGGACAUAGAGCCUGCUAUCAUUUGGUUUGCAGAAGAUGCAUUCAUUGCUUUCUUACUGGGCAGGGGCCGGAUAGUAGGCCUAUCGCUACUGGGAGGCCAAUCCCCUUCAUGCAAACUAUGCCAACAUGUUUUUUCUGUCUGUGUACUAGCUCAUUGGAGUCCGGUUACUGUAGAGGAAGAAUAAUCCUGACAAACAGGUUCUGGGCACGCCCUUGGACACGAAUCCACCUGCUCUAUAAAGAUCCGACCGGGGACCAGUAAGAGUCAGAACAGAAACGAAAAGAAGAAGGAAUAGGCAAAAGAAGAAACAAGAACAACUGCCAAACUCUCUUCAUAGCUCCGUUUAAUAAUUUAAUACAAAAGGACAAGCCGCUUUCCAAAGCCGAUUAGAAAGUAGAAGAAGCGAACUAUCCAGCUCUGGUUGACAGUUAUACAUUUCAUUUUGUUAAAGAAGUUCAAGAAUCAACAACAGUCGCCAAGAUGAUGCAGCUCUCAGAAUCCCACCUGCAGAAGAACUCCCUGUUCAACUCCAUGAACCGCUUCAUCGGUGCCGUCAACAACAUGGACCAGACGGUGAUGGUGCCCAGCCUGCUGCGGGACGUCCCCCUUGAAGAGGAGAGGGAGAUGGCCGCCCUGAAAAGCUCGGGAAACAGCGACAUCGAGGACGGCGACAUGUACAGCUACUACCAGCUGCUCAAGUCUAUCCGUUGCGACAUCGAGUGGGGAGUGAUGCGCGCCGAGGAAGCCAAGAAGCGAAAGAAGAGCCGGGCUUCCAUCUCUCGGUUGGAUUCAGCGGAGGAAGAUUCUGAGGUGUCGUCAGAGGAAGACGAGGAUAACCUGCAGAAGCAGUUCCAGUUCCACAUGACGGGGCUCCACGGGGUGCUGUCCAAGCUGACGCAACAGGCCAAUACCCUGACCAACCGCUACAAGCAGGAGAUCGGCAUUGGAUGCUACUAAAAUGCAGCGCAACGAUGAUCCCCGAUGAUCGAUUCUCAUUCCCUGAUGAUCGAUUGUGUAUUAUUUUGCGGGAAUGAGGUGAACUGAACUGAAUAGUCUAUAACUGAUGAAAUUCCUUUGAAUGGACGGAGAGAGAAAGAAAAUAAGAGAGACAGAAAUAAACAUUUCUGCUCUCUAUAUGUGGUAUUAUUUUACCUUUGUGGUAUAUUGUGUUGAUCCAUAGUAAUGUUGUGGUUGACCUGCUAUGUGGUAUAUCCGGGUUCCACUACACCUGUUUGCACUCAGAUUUUUUACCACCAUGUCUAUGUUUUAUGCACGGUGUUCAAUGGCGCCACAUGCCUUCAGCUCAAGUGACACAGAUAAUACACAUGUAUACAUUUAUUUAAUAUUGAUGUAUUUAACUUGUUACCUCGCACUGUAUGUUUGAGAGCUGUAUAUUUCAAGGUUGAAGAAGUGCAUGACCUCAGAGACAUUUGGCUAUAUUUUUUAACUUCCCAGUAAGGGGAAAUGCGCAUGUCUACUAUUGCCAGUGUGUCAAAUAGUCUGUACAGGUCUUGUAUUUUUGCUUAUUGUUAUGUUUCUUUAUUAUGUGCUUAGCUAAAUGGAGGAGGCUUGAGAGAGUCUUGCCUAUGAUCCCAUUGCUGUCCUAUAUGACCAAUGAACUGAAAUCAACUGAUGGUUCUUCUGCAUAGAGAAUAAUGAAGGAUUCCAAGAGGUCAUGUUAAUAUGUUGCUGUUGCCAUGGUAUUUAUGGAGAGGUGAAACUCCAUAAGCCAUUGUUUUUGUAUGUACUAUAUUAUGUUUUUGUAUGAAAGAUUCUGUAUUUGUACUGAGAAUUAAACUUUUUUA